UUUAUUUAUUUAGCUUCCACAAACACACGCACCACAUCGACAUUGUAUUGUAAAAUGAGUAUGGGUAUGGCAAUUUCAUUCCAUGGCAAUAGAGGUUUUGUUCUCCUCCUUGGUGUUUUGGCUCUUCUUGUUAGCAACUCAUGCUCCGACGACCUUGCGUCGUUAAACCGGAGUAGUUUUCCGGCAGGUUUCAUCUUUGGGACUGCCUCCGCUUCUUACCAGUAUGAAGGUGCUGCAAAUGAAGGUGGCAAGGGACCAAGUACAUGGGACACCUUAACUCAUAAACACCCAGGUAACAUUCAAACUUUAGGUCAUGGUUUUUAUUUCAAUUACAGAGAAGAUGUUGGGAUCAUGAAGUAUAUGAAUACGGAUGCUUACAGAUUCUCCAUUUCUUGGUCCAGAAUAUUACCGAAAGGAAAAAUUAGUUCAGGUAUAAAUCAAGAAGGAAUCAAAUAUUACAACAACCUUAUCAACGAGCUUCUGACUAAUGGCCUACAACCAUUUGUGACCCUAUUUCAUUGGGAUCUUCCCCAAGCCUUACAAGAUGAGUACAGUGGCUUCUACAGCCCCAAUAUAAUAAAGGACUUUCAAGAUUAUUCAGAGUUAUGCUUUAAAGAAUUUGGAGACAGAGUGAAACAUUGGAUUACACUUAACGAACCAUGGAGUUAUUGUUAUGGUUUAGAUAAGCCUUACCUCGCCGCACACUACCAACUCCUUGCUCAUGCCGCUGCAGUUCAAAUUUAUAAAGCUAAAUAUCAGGUUUCUCAGAAAGGCUUGAUAGGCAUCACGUUAAAUUCUAAUUGGUUCUUGCCAUACACAAACAACAAUUUGGAUAUCCUUGCUGCUCAACGAGCUCUUGAUUUCAUGUUUGGAUGGUUUAUGGAACCAAUAACAAGAGGAAAAUAUCCAAGAUCCAUGCAGCAAUAUGUGGGAAGCCGGUUACCAAGUUUCAGCAAAGAGCAAUCUAAGCAACUUAUAGGUUCAUUUGAUUUUAUUGGACUCAAUUAUUACACCUCUAAUUAUGCUGCUCAUUUACUCCAUGAAAACAAUGACAAUACCAAACCAAACUAUUUCACGGAUUCACAUGUCAAUAUGACAACUGAGCGAAAUGGGAUACCCAUUGGGCCAAGGGCUGCUUCAACUUGGCUAUAUGUAUAUCCAAAGGGAAUUCGAGAGAUAUUGUUGUACACAAAGAAAACAUAUAACAACCCUUUAAUUUACAUCACAGAAAAUGGUAUCGAUGAGUUCAAUGAUCCAACACUACCACUUGAAGAGGCCCUCAUGGAUACUUUUAGAAUUGACUACUAUUAUCGCCACCUUUAUUAUGUUUCAACCGCAAUCAAGGAUGGAGUGAAUAUAAAAGGGUAUUUUGCAUGGUCACUAUUGGACAACUUUGAAUGGGGCAAUGGUUACACGGUGCGUUUUGGAAUUAACUUUGUUGAUUAUAAAGAUAAUUUGAAAAGGCACAAAAAGCUUUCUGCUCAUUGGUUUAGGAAUUUUCUUAAAAAAUAUUAGACUUUUAAUUAUUUCUUGAUGUAAUAAUGGUCAUUUUAUUCCAAAUAAUGUAAACGUGACCAUUUGUAUGAAUGAAUGAACAAUUCUAAUAUUAAAUAAUCUUAAAUUUGAAA